AUGGCUCCCGAUUGGACUCAACUGCAAAACAUGGUUAAAUGGGAAAGCGAGUCCUUUAAAGAAUACGCUCAGCGGUUGAGGGACCUGGCAGUGCAAGUAGCCCCUCCCAUAGUCAAGAGGGAAAUGGUUACUAUGAUGGUGGAUACCUUGCCUGUAUUUUACAAUGAGAAAUUAGUGGGCUACAUGCCUUCCAGCUUCACGGACUUGGUCUUUGCCAGAGAAAGGAUUGAGGUGGGUUUGAAGAGGGGAAAGUUUGAUUACGUCUCCCCGAUAGGUGCCAACAGUAGGAAGACCGAAAUAGAUGGGGCAAAGAGGAAAGAGGAAGAUGCCCAUAUCGUCACUUCAACCCCUGCAUGGCCUAAGCCACCGCAAACCCCCCACGGUACCCACCAAUAUGCACAACAUCACCCGAGGUUUUCGGCUCGCGCCGAGGCCUCUUCCGAUACAGCACUCACCCAACCAAGGGCGCCCACACCCCCACAGGGGGGAGCUCUUCGGGCUUCGGCUCCGACUCAGCCUCACCCGCCCGACAACGCUCACUUUGGCACAAACACGACAAGGAACUUUUCGCCAAGGCCGGAACAGAUUUUCGCCCCGAUCCCAAUGACAUAUAGGGAACUCUUGCCAUCUCUCAUCGCCAACCAAUUGGCCGUGGUGGUCCCGGGAAAGAUCUUCCAGUCUCUGUUCCCAAAAUGGUAUAACCCUAGCGCGACCUGCGCAUACCAUGGGGGGACCCUAGGCCACUCGAUCGAACAGUGUUUGGCCUUGAAAAGCAAGGUCCAAAGCUUGAUAGAGGCUGAGUGGUUGACUUUUCAAGAGGAUGGGCCCAACAUAAAAACAAACCCGCUUGCCAAUCAUGGAGGGGGGGCGGUUAAUGCCAUCGAGGUGAGUAGGUCACACAGGCCCAAGCUUUUGAAGGACGUAACGACCCCCAGAAGGUUUAUCUACAAAGCAUUGCAAAAGGCGGGCAUAAUUCCCUGCGGCGGGUGCAAAGGAGAUUCUUGCUUAAUGCAUCCAGGUGUACUCCAUGACAUGGAAACAUGUUCGGCAGUGAAAGAUCUAUUACAACAGAUGAUAGACCAAGGCCGACUUGAGGUCGGCAGUAAGAGGGAGGAGGAACAACAUGUAUACAUGCAGUCGGCAGAUGAAGAAGGACCUAAAAAGCCUAAACCCUUGGUAAUACACUUCACCAGGGACACGGCUCCUCAAAGACCUCAACACCCCUCAGCAGUGUCGGGCGGUAGAUCUAUUCCAUUUCCUUACUAG